AUGGGCUUCUUUACCAUUCUGCUCUCGCUCUACCUCCUCUCUGGAGCAUCCGCCGGUCCGGUGGUUAGAUCCCCCAAGCAGAGCUCCUCGACCUGCGACAGUGUCAAUGAGGGCUAUAAUUGCUUCUCCGAGAUUUCGCAUCUCUGGGGCCAGUACUCCCCUUACUUCUCGGUUGAGGAGGAGUCCGUCUCUCCGGCUAUCCCUGAGGGCUGCCACGUCACUUUCGCACAAGUGAUCUCCCGCCACGGUGCACGGUACCCCACUGCAUCCAAGUCCGCAAAAUAUGCCAAAGUGAUCGCAAAGAUUCAGGCCGGUGCGACGUCUUACAAGGGGGAUUAUGCCUUCCUGGAGACCUACAACUACACCCUGGGGUCGGACGAUCUGACUUCCUUCGGGGUGCAGCAGAUGAUCGACUCGGGAAUCAAGUUCUACCAGCGCUACGAGUCUCUGGCAAAGGACGGCACUCCUUUCGUUCGCGCAUCCGGGUCAAGCCGGGUGAUCGAAUCUGGCCAGAAAUUCAUCCAAGGUUUCCAGGACACGAAGCUCAAUGACACCUUGGCCCUUCCCGGUCAACUUGCUCCCUUGGUCAAUGUGGUGAUCUCCGAAAGCACCAACGCUAAUAACUCGCUGGAUCCCAGCACCUGCACGGUCUUCGAGAACAGCGAACUGGGGGAUGAUGUUGUAGCCAACUUUACUGCCCUCCUCACGCCGCCCAUCUUGAAGCGGCUGGAGAAGAACAUUCCCGGAGCGAACCUCACGGCCAAAGAGGUCGUCUAUCUCAUGGACAUGUGCUCCUUCGAUACUAUCGCACAGUCUGAGCCGGAGACUCAGCUCUCUCCGUUCUGUGACCUCUUCACUCAUACGGAAUGGGAGCAAUACAACUACCUCCGUUCCUUGGAGAAGUACUACGGGUACGGUGCUGGAAAUCCUCUUGGUCCUAGUCGAGGGGUUGGCUUCACCAAUGAGUUGAUUGCUCGUCUGACACAUAUCCCGGUCCAUGACGAGACAAGUACCAAUCGCACUCUGGACUCGAGCCCGGCCACAUUCCCCUUGAACUAUACUCUCUAUGCGGACUUCACACACGACAACGGGAUGAUCCCUAUCUUCUUCGCCUUGGGCCUGUACAACGGCACCAAACCGUUGUCCAAGACGAAGGUGGAGUCGAUGAAAGAGACCGAUGGGUUCUCGGCGGCGUGGACCGUUCCAUUCGGUGCGCGAGCCUACGUUGAGAUGAUGCAGUGUAAAGCACAGCCGGAGCCUCUUGUGCGGGUGCUAGUAAACGAUCGCGUGGUUCCGCUGCACGGCUGCGCGGUUGAUAAGCUAGGCCGAUGCAAGCGGGAUGACUUUGUGCGAGGAUUGAGCUUUGCUAGAUCUGGCGGGAACUGGGAUCAGUGUUUCGCCUGA